AUGUACAUAUCAGUACCUGAGCCAGAAGCCGCGCGCACCCACCCCCCCCCCCCCCCCCCCCAUCGGCGGUCUCCCCACAGCUCGCACCCGCAACUCCGAGACGGUCUCGAUCGCCCUCCCCGUGUAUCGGGCGUCUCCGACCCUGCCGUUUCAUCCAUCACAAAGGAGAGCAUUGCGCAAGCACACAUGCCAACUCAUCUCCCCGCACUUACCAGGGCCCUCUUUGGAUUACACUUACUACUACGCUCUGUUCAACCCGGUCCCCCCUUUACUUUGCUUUGUUUCCACUGCCCAGCCAGUACUGCCAGCGUGUCCACCCUUUCUCCGGCGUGA